AUGGAUAGCAACUCAACCGCAGCGCCACUCAACGCUUCGUCGGAUGUUGUGCAAGCAAGCGAUGUCGACAUCGCCAUAAGAACCGACCGCGAGCAAAUGAAGAUAUCAGCCGCCGGCCGACGUCGCUUUCAGAAAGUCCAUCUCUGGAGUGACAACGGCAAGACCACCAACGUCCAGUUCCAGCCGGCUCAUGAGAAAGACACUCGUGAGUCUGCUGUACCUCUACCUCAGGAACUUUUCGGCAAUGAGCACACCAAAGAGUACCUGGAAGUCGGCAUCAUCAUUGGCGAUAAUCCAAAACAACACCUUCAGACUGGUACAUCCAGAAGCUCAGAGAAUGAUGCAGCUCGAGUGCAACGUGGACCGCUUGAGAGGGCCGUUACCGCAAUGAGAGUCUUCACUCCCGUAACGGACUACAUUCAGACAGGCAUCAAGUACUAUGUGGGCUGCCUUCGGUCACAAGGACGACUGACUCCACGUGUGGUGUCCUUCGACUGUGUCUUCGUCUAUCCGGAGUUCUACAAGGACCUCAACAUGAACGCCCCGAAGAAGACGUUGCAGCCUGAAGUGCAACGGGAGAUUGCGCACCAUGCGGCCAUCAACAAGACUCAAGCAGAUCGUAUCAUGGUCAACAUCACCAUAUCAGACCUGAUGAAGAAGGUGGCAAAUGAUCCGUUGCAGGUAUCAAAGUCUGAGCUUUUGGUCUCGAUGCUGGUGCUGGAAUACAGUCUCUUCCAGUUGACCAAAGAUCCUUCCUAUCUCAAGCAGAUGAAGGAUCGGAUUGAGCGAGCAGCUCCAGAUCUGAGGUUUGGUCCGAAGACUGAUGACUCGGGGAUUCGUGCCUUUCUUGAGGGAGAAGAUUUUGACACGGAGAAUGCGACAGCCUGUGCAAAUGAGCUCAAGCAUGCUAGACCAGAUCUGCCAGAGCUCGAGCCUGCGCUCGUCGAGAAGGUCUUCUCAUUGAUGAGGAAGCACGAGCUGUUCGAGGACCCCCCUAGAGCGGCUCUCCCCUUCUUUUUCGACUCCUGUGCCGAAGAGCUCAACUUGGCUUGGGCCGACGAAGUGCUCAUCGAUCAUCUACGCACCAUAGUGAAGGCUGCAAACCGGCAUGUCAAGCAUAGCAGACCUUGGACGACGUCCAACGACGACAUCUUCACCAAAGACGACGCGUUGCCGGUUAUCUCAGCUACUAAGGAUGCCCUCAAGCACAUCCAUCAGCACAUUCAACGCUGUAUGACCCAGCUAGCAGAGCAACAUGGUGGCCUGCUGCAAACCCCAUCGGUCGGCAAGCUAGUAGGCAAGUUGGGCAAUGCAAUUGACGUCGCUAGUCAGAAGCAGGUCUGGGAAGAGAUGAGUGCCUUCCAUGGUGCACAGUACGCUGCUGCCAACUCGAACGUGGGCAAAGAGAUCCAGGAACUCGUCGACCAGCUGGAGAAGAUCGAGACGGUGUACAUGAGGUCAUCAGAGACAACGGCUCAAUGA